AUGAAAGAGUUUGUGGAAGAAAAUGAAGGUUUACUGGCUUUUGAGUUUUACAAGAAGAAAGAUCAGGUGGAAAGCUUUGAUUAUAAUGUUGUCCUAUGCGCCUCAGAGGAUAAUUUUAGAGAAGAGGAAGAGAUGGAUGGAAGUGCGAGUGAUGCAAUACAAGAUUCUAAAUAUGAGGAUAAUUUUAGAGAAGAGGAAGAGAUGGAUGGAAGUGUGAGUGGUGCAAUACAAGAUUCUGAAGAUGAGGUUAAUGUGACAGAAACAAUAUUGAUACACAAGGAAUUUAUUGUGUGGAGUGUGAAGGUGGAUCAGGUGAGGAUGGGGAUCUUGAGGAAAUCUCAGAGGAGUGAUCUUGAUAUAGGUAUAGGGAAAGAUGUAGUUAUUUUUGAUAAUAGAAUAGCUCCUGAGGAAAGGAUGGUGGAUGGAAAUCUGGAGUUCACGGGCUUUGAUUGGUCUCCUCAAGACAGUAAGGCGCUAUGA